AUGAUUAAAAGGUCUAAAAAUGGCUCCAGUAGUGACAACAAAGUUGUCAAACCUGUGGCAAUUAGCAUCGGUGCUUUUGUGGCGCUGGCAUUUCUAUUGAUACUCUUUUACUUGAGGAAGAAGAAGCUACAAUUGUCGAAGAAAUCAGUGGCAAAGACAAAAGGUCCACGAGAAAGAGCCGAAGAUUUCUUAUUAAAUGAUGGGAGUGUUGUGCCAAAUAAAAGAGAGAUGGAUGAACUAGAAUUACCUUUGUUUGAUUUCUCGACACUUGUUACGGCCACAAACAACUUCUCAAACGCAAAUAAACUUGGACAAGGAGGGUUCGGGUGUGUUUACAAGGGUAAAUUAAUGGAAGGUGAAGUUGUAGCGAUAAAAAGGCUCUCAAGAAUUUCCGAUCAAGGGAUUGAGGAACUAAAAAAUGAGGUCCGAUUAAUCGCGAAACUGCAACAUCGAAACCUUGUUCGGGUAUUAGGUUGUUGCAUUGAGGCCGAAGAGAAGUUAUUAAUUUAUGAGUUCAUGGAAAAUAAAAGUCUUGAUAUGUUCAUUUUCGAGAAAGAGAAAAACAUGACACUCAAUUGGAAAAGCAGACUUGAGAUCAUAUGUGGGAUUGCUCGAGGGCUUCUUUAUCUUCAUCAAGAUUCAAGAUUUAAAAUCAUUCAUCGAGACCUAAAGGCUAGUAAUAUUUUGCUCGAUAAAGAUAUGAACCCAAAGAUAUCUGAUUUUGGUAUGGCACGGAUUUUUGGAAGUGAUCAAACCGAUGCAAAAACAAAGAAAGUGGUCGGAACAUAUGGUUACAUGUCUCCUGAAUAUGCAAUGGAUGGACAUUUCUCAACAAAAUCGGAUGUUUUUAGUUUUGGGGUUUUGGUUCUUGAGAUAGUGAGUGGUAAAAAGAACACAGGAUCAUCUUACAUGAGUAGCCAACAUAACCUCCUUGGAGAAACGUGGACUUUAUGGAAAGAAGGCAAGGCUUUAGAACUAGUAGACAAAUCUAUCGCGGCCAAUUUUUCGGAAAAUGAAGUAUUGAGAUGCAUACAAAUUGGACUGUUAUGUGUUCAGGAACUCCCGGAAGACAGACCUAAUAUGUCAAAGGUGUUAUUGUUAUUGUGCAGUGAAAAUGCACAAAUAUCAUUACCAAAAUAUCCUGGAUUCUUUAUUAGAAGAAGAAAUACCGAAACAGAAUCUUCAAGCCAACAAGAUGAUUUCAUGACCAUAAACGAAAUUACAGUAUCGAUAUUGCAUGGUAGAUAG